AUGACCCGCCAGUUCAGAUCUAGCCUUGUUGCCUCUACCUCCAACCCUUCUUCCUGGGCCACCGAACCCAAACCCCAUCCUCAAACCCAAGAACAGGCGGAUACAAAUGGUGGCCCAAAGCCUUCGCUUGCCUCACCGGAGUCCUACGCCCAGCCCUUUUGCAAUUUCAUGACAAACAACCCGACUAGCUUCCACGCCGUUGCCAGCUUCUGCGCCCAGCUCCAGCAGCACGGCUUCACCCGCCUGUCAGAGCGUGACAUGUGGUCCUCCGUCCUCAAAGCUGGCGGGAAAUACUACUGCUGUCGUAAUGACAGCUCCCUGAUAGCGUUCUCCAUUGGUUCCGAAUAUAAGAGCGGCAAUGGAUUUGGAAUUGUUGCUGGACACGUUGACGCAGUCUGCGCGAAACUGAAGCCCGUUUCCAAAAUGAGUAAUAAGGCGGGGUUUAUGCAGUUGGGCGUUGCACCGUACGCGGGAUCAAUGGGCUCGACAUGGUGGGACCGCGAUUUGGGGAUUGGCGGGCGUGUGCUUGUUCGCAAUCAAGAUACGGGUGCGAUUGAGUCUAAGCUGGUGAAGCUGGAUUGGCCCAUUGCGAGAAUUCCAACCCUUGCCGUGCACUUUGGAGCUGCAUCCCAAGGCCCAUUUAACAAAGAGACGCAGGCGGUGCCGAUAAUUGGGUUGGAUAAUUCUGAUAUCCUUGGAAAUGAACAGGGCAAUGCUCAGGAAGAUGAUGAUAUCAAGCCGAACACGUUUGCGGCGUCCCAGCCGUCUAAACUGAUGAAAGUUAUUGCUAAAAAAUUAGGUAUUUCUGAUUUAAGCACUAUUGUCAACUGGGAACUUGAGCUAUUUGAUACACAGCCUGCGCAGGUUGGAGGGCUGAAUAAAGAGUUCAUCUUCGCUGGUCGUAUUGAUGACAAACUUUGUUGCUAUAGUGCCCAGGAAGCACUUCUAGCAUCCGAGGAUACUGCAUCCUCUGGAAUCAUCAAGAUGGUGGGAAUGUUUGACGCAGAGGAGAUCGGUAGUCUAUUACGCCAGGGUGCCCGCUCAAACUAUUUGAGUAGUGUCAUGGAGCGCAUCGUAGAGGCUUUUGCACCUUCAUAUGGUCCCAAUGUGCUUUCGCAGACAGUUGCAAAUAGUUUUCUUCUUUCCUCUGACGUUAUCCACGCGGUGAAUCCCAACUUCGAAAACGUCUAUUUGCAUCACCACGCUCCAAGAUUGAACGUUGGGGUCGCCAUAUCUGCUGAUCCCAACGGACACAUGACCACUGAUAGCGUCGGCACAGCGCUUCUAAAACGCAUUGCGGAUAAGUGUGGCUCUACUUUGCAAGUGUUCCAGAUCCGCAAUGACAGCCGCAGCGGAGGAACGAUUGGACCUAUGACGAGCGCUCGCAUUGGAAUAAGGGCGAUCGAUGCUGGUAUUCCUCAACUGAGUAUGCAUAGCAUCCGUGCAACGACGGGGAACAUGGAUCCUGGACUUGGUGUCCAGUUGUUUAAGGGAUUCUUUGAUUAUUUUGAGGAGGUGGAUCGAGAAUUCCGUGAUUUCUAG